CAAGAGCUUUGUCUGAGUUGAAGUGAAGUUGUACAGAUUUUAGACUGGAGUCAGCAAUCACGGGUGUUUAGUCUGCAGCCGAGCAGCGAAAGGGAGAAAGAAUCUCUCAGGAAAGACACACUGCAGACUCCGCCGGCACCCCGCAAUAGAUGGAUUCCGACUACACAACGGCGAAAACGCGGAGGUGACACUCUUCUGCCUGGAAAGAGGACGAACGACCAAACAAACGCAAGGACUGGACUCCAUGCCGAAGGUAUCUGGAAGUCGUGACACGGUGUGUAUAAAACAAAAGUUUGCGAGCUGUUAAUUGCUGUGCUGUGUUAUUAAGAGACGCUUUCAAGUUUCAAGUACCAAAUGUAGCUUUAAGUUGCCAAAGGAAGUUGAGGGGAUUGCUGUGCUGUUUUAACUUGCUCUGUGAGGGAAAUCUCAUAAACUGACCAAUGCACCAAAUGAAUGCUAAAAUGCACUUUAGGUUUGUUUUUGCACUCCUGAUAGUAUCUUUCAACCGCGAUGUACUGGGCAAGAAUUUGAAAUACAGGAUUUAUGAGGAACAGAGGGUUGGAUCAGUAAUUGCAAGACUAUCGGAGGAUGUGGCUGAUGUUUUAUUGAAGCUACCUAAUCCUUCUACUGUUCGAUUUCGAGCCAUGCAGAGGGGAAAUUCUCCUCUACUUGUAGUAAAUGAGGAUAAUGGGGAAAUCAGCAUUGGGGCUACAAUUGACCGUGAACAACUAUGCCAGAAAAACUUGAACUGUUCCAUAGAGUUUGAUGUGAUCACUCUACCCACAGAGCAUCUGCAGCUUUUCCAUAUUGAAGUUGAAGUGCUGGAUAUUAAUGACAAUUCUCCUCAGUUUUCAAGAUCUAUCAUACCCAUUGAGAUAUCUGAGAGUGCGGCAGUUGGGACUCGCAUUCCCCUGGACAGUGCAUUUGAUCCAGAUGUUGGGGAAAAUUCCCUCCACACAUACUCGCUCUCUACCAAUGAUUUUUUUAAUAUUGAGGUUCGGACCAGGACUGAUGGAGCCAAGUAUGCAGAACUCAUAGUGGUCAGAGAGUUAGAUCGGGAGCUGAAGUCAAGCUACGAGCUUCAGCUCACUGCCUCAGACAUGGGAGUACCUCAGAGGUCUGGCUCAUCCAUACUAAAAAUAAGCAUUUCAGACUCCAAUGACAACAGCCCUGCUUUUGAGCAGCAAUCUUAUAUAAUACAACUCUUAGAAAACUCCCCGAUCGGCACUUUGCUCUUAGAUCUGAAUGCCACGGAUCCAGAUGAGGGCGCUAAUGGGAAAAUUGUAUAUUCCUUCAGCAGUCAUGUGUCUCCCAAAAUUAUGGAGACUUUUAAAAUUGAUUCCGAAAGAGGACAUUUGACUCUUUUCAAGCAAGUGGAUUAUGAAAUCACCAAAUCCUAUGAGAUUGAUGUUCAGGCUCAAGAUUUGGGUCCAAAUUCAAUCCCAGCCCAUUGCAAAAUUAUCAUUAAGGUUGUGGAUGUUAAUGACAAUAAACCCGAAAUUAACAUCAACCUCAUGUCCCCUGGAAAAGAAGAAAUAUCUUAUAUUUUUGAAGGGGAUCCUAUUGAUACAUUUGUUGCUUUGGUCAGAGUUCAGGACAAGGAUUCUGGGCUGAAUGGAGAAAUAGUUUGUAAGCUUCAUGGACAUGGUCACUUUAAACUUCAGAAGACAUAUGAAAACAAUUAUUUAAUCUUAACCAAUGCCACACUGGAUAGAGAAAAGAGAUCUGAAUAUAGUUUGACUGUAAUCGCUGAGGACAAGGGGACACCCAGUCUCUCUACAGUGAAACAUUUUACAGUUCAAAUCAAUGAUAUCAACGACAAUCCACCCCACUUCCAGAGAAGCCGAUAUGAAUUUGUAAUUUCAGAAAAUAACUCGCCGGGGGCAUAUAUCACCACUGUUACAGCCACAGAUCCUGAUCUUGGAGAAAAUGGGCAAGUGACAUACACCAUCUUGGAGAGUUUUAUUCUAGGAAGUUCCAUAACUACGUAUGUAACUAUUGACCCAUCUAAUGGAGCCAUCUAUGCCCUCAGAAUCUUUGAUCACGAAGAAGUGAGCCAGAUCACUUUUGUGGUAGAAGCGAGAGAUGGAGGAAGCCCAAAGCAGCUGGUAAGCAAUACCACAGUUGUGCUCACCAUUAUUGAUGAAAAUGACAACAUUCCUGUGGUUAUAGGGCCUGCAUUGCGCAAUAAUACGGCAGAAAUCACCAUUCCCAAAGGGGCUGAAAGUGGCUUUCAUGUCACAAGAAUAAGGGCAAUUGACAGAGAUUCUGGUGUGAAUGCUGAACUCAGCUGCGCCAUAGUAGCAGGUAAUGAGGAGAAUAUCUUCAUAAUUGAUCCACGAUCAUGUGACAUCCAUACCAACGUGAGCAUGGAUUCUGUUCCCUACACAGAAUGGGAGCUGUCAGUUAUCAUUCAGGACAAAGGCAAUCCUCAGCUACAUACCAAAGUCCUUCUGAAGUGCAUGAUCUUUGAAUAUGCAGAGUCAGUGACAAGUACAGCAAUGACUUCAGUAAGCCAGGCAUCCUUGGAUGUCUCCAUGAUAAUAAUUAUUUCCUUAGGAGCAAUUUGUGCAGUGUUGUUGGUUAUUAUGGUGCUAUUUGCAACUAGGUGCAACCGUGAGAAGAAAGACACUAGAUCUUAUAACUGCAGGGUGGCCGAAUCAACUUACCAGCACCACCCAAAAAGGCCAUCCCGGCAGAUUCACAAAGGGGACAUCACAUUGGUGCCUACCAUAAAUGGCACUCUGCCCAUCAGAUCUCAUCACAGAUCGUCUCCAUCUUCAUCGCCUACCUUAGAAAGAGGGCAGAUGGGCAGCCGGCAGAGUCACAACAGUCACCAGUCACUCAACAGUCUGGUGACAAUCUCAUCAAACCACGUGCCAGAGAAUUUCUCAUUAGAACUCACCCACGCCACUCCUGCUGUUGAGCAGGUCUCUCAGCUUCUUUCAAUGCUUCACCAGGGGCAAUAUCAACCAAGACCAAGUUUUCGAGGAAACAAAUAUUCCAGGAGCUAUAGAUAUGCCCUUCAAGACAUGGACAAAUUUAGCUUGAAAGACAGUGGCCGUGGUGACAGUGAGGCGGGAGACAGUGAUUAUGAUUUGGGGCGAGAUUCUCCAAUAGAUAGGCUGCUGGGUGAAGGAUUCAGCGACCUGUUUCUCACAGAUGGAAGAAUUCCAGCAGCUAUGAGGCUCUGCACGGAGGAGUGCAGGGUCCUGGGACACUCUGACCAGUGCUGGAUGCCACCACUGCCCUCACCAUCUUCCGAUUAUAGGAGUAACAUGUUCAUUCCAGGGGAAGAAUUCCCAACACAACCACAGCAGCAGCAUCCACAUCAGAGUCUUGAGGAUGACGCUCAGCCUGCAGAUUCCGGUGAAAAGAAGAAGAGUUUUUCUACCUUUGGAAAGGACUCCCCAAGCGAUGAGGACACUGGGGAUACCAGCACAUCAUCUCUGCUCUCGGAAAUGAGCAGCGUGUUCCAGCGUCUCUUACCCCCUUCCCUGGACACCUAUUCUGAAUGCAGUGAGGUGGAUCGGUCCAAUUCCCUGGAACGCAGGAAGGGACCCUUGCCAGCCAAAACUGUGGGUUACCCACAGGGGGUAGCGGCAUGGGCAGCCAGUACACAUUUUCAAAAUCCCACCAACAACUGUGGGCCGCCACUUGGAACUCACUCCAGUGUGCAGCCUUCUUCAAAAUGGCUGCCAGCCAUGGAGGAGAUCCCUGAAAAUUAUGAAGAAGAUGAUUUUGACAAUGUGCUCAACCACCUCAAUGAUGGGAAACACGAACUCAUGGAUGCCAGUGAACUGGUGGCAGAGAUUAACAAACUGCUUCAAGAUGUCCGCCAGAGCUAGGAGAUUUUAGCGAAGCAUUUUUGUUUCCAUGUUUAUGGAAAUAGGGAACAACAACAACAACAACAACAAAACCCGAAAGAACUGGCAUUGCCAAAUAGUUGCAUUUAUCAUAAAUGUGUCUGUGUAUAUUGAAUAUUAAAUACUGUAUUUUCGUAUGUACACAAUGCAAGUGUGAUUAUUUUAAUCUGUAUUUUAAAAAUACAUUUGUACCUUAUAUUUAUGUGUAAUUUAACAAACAAAUUUUAUUUUUUUACUCCCAUGACAGACAUGUUUUUCCUAAUCAUGUAGAAACUAGCCACUGUUCAUAUCUGAUAUACUAUUGAACCACAAAGUGUAAAGGCACUGCUCUGCUUAGAUUAGUUUCGUUGGGGAAGAAUUAUUAUGUUGUAUGAACAACCCCACUAAAGCAUUAUACAAUUCUUAAUUCCAUUAAGUGAUCCCACUUUUUUUCAGUAACUUUUUAGAAAUUAAGAAUCAUUAAAAUUGUUAGGCUAUUUUAUUGUUAUUUUCGCUACUUUCUACUAGCCCCAAUAGUUGAACUCUUACAGCAAAAUCGAAACAUAAAGUGAAAGUUUAUUUCAGGACUGAGAAAUAUCUUGAAGGUUAUUUAUUAGAUGGCUAUCUCAAAUGAACUUUUUAUAGACAACGAUGAAAACAGAACUAAAGUCAAUGUUUCCUGACUCCCAGGCUCCUACUAUUCCAGGCCAUCACACUGGCCUGUUCCUGAGAAUAUUUCUCUCAGAAUAUUGUUAUCUACUUACAAUUAGGAUAAACUAUAAAUUUUAUUCUAUCCUUGUAGUACGAAACAUGCUCCAAGGAAAUGGAAUCUGUCCUUUAAAUGGAUAACAGUAUGUAUUCUAAUGGCAUAAAAUAUUACUGGAUAAAAACAAUUAUGUCAGUGUCUCUCCUAGGAUAGUAAAUAUAAUUGACUUAUUCUGAACCCAUUCUAUUUUGAAUCUUCCCCCUUUCCUCUCACAAUACUUGAACAUUUUAAUCUUUUGGAAUGUUGUCUUUUUUUGUUAUAACUAUUCAUUUUUAGCUUUUGUCUCCAGUGCAUGAUCUCAUAUUUUUGCUUUUAUUUUUAGUAUAAGAACAUUUAUGAAAUCACAUUUUUGUUAUUGCAAUUGUUUUAUUUGUUGUGUGGUAAAUGAGAAAUCCUUUAUUUAUUGUGCUGUGAUCUCUCUGUGUGGAAUGCCUUGGUAAGAGAGAUGCUUAUUAUGACUAUUAUCAUUUCUGACCAAGCUUCUAUUAAUGUUAUUUCUAAUAAUACACUAUCUUGAUUGUACUCUCCAGAAAAUUUUACUGUCAGUGAAAAUAAAAGAAAAAUUAAAGUAAAGCUAAGGAACUGUCUAUAAGUCAGAGUCCUGUUCCUAUAUAUUUGUUCAAAAGCUUGGCGUGCAGCAUGCCCUUCCUGAGAGGGUGAUUCAGUGUUGAGUUUCAAAUAAUAAACAUGCAGCAUUCAGUUGGCUGGGCAAACAAGAAAAACACAAUUCAAAAGGAAUGAGUUUGAGACUUGUAAUGGGAAUGAAAGUAGUAAGCCAUAUUCCAGUUAAAUAAGUUAAAUGCAUUUGGGGAAUAAAGAAAAUAGAGUAAGCAAGCAAUAACCGCUUGAGUAUUUUUCAAAUUACAAAAAAUAAAUAAAUAAAUAAAUACAUAACUUUCUCAGGACAUUUUGUAUUAAAUUGUGCAGGAUAAAAAGGUAUCCUUACAAUGUUUCCAGGAGGCAAGAAUAUUAUCCUCCCUGGCUUGCUAGUCGGAAAUUGAAACACUGGGAAAGUUAAGUAACUGAAAAGUGACUAAAAUUCAGAUAUUUGAAUUCUCAAAUGAGUACCACAUUAAACAGAAUAUAUUACCUCUUUCAACAGGCACAUUUUCCUUUAUAGGAGGAUUGUAAUUACAAGUGGAAUUUCAGUUUAUUUUUCAUAGAUUACACACAAAACGCUAACCAUAUUUAAAUACAUUCUGCCUUUCAACUUCAUUUCCUUUCAGUAUAUAUUACCAUUAAGAAAAAGACUUUUAUAUCCUCACUGUUCUUAACUUAAAGCACCAGCAGUAAUAUGGUAAGCUAUGCUGAAAAUUGCUAUUUUGAAUCAUGUGAAAUAAAUAAAAUGCAAUAUUUCAUUCAAUACAAAA